AUGACCCAGGCUCAGAUGAAGGACACGCGCGACGCCCUCAAGUUCACCAGGAUGUGCAAGUACUGGAGCAUCAACCGGUGCCAUCUUGGUUCUGACUGCAAUUUCGCGCAUUCGGAGUCGGAGUUGAGGGACCAGCCGGACUUGGUUUCCACACAGCUCUGCUUCCAGUUCGCACGUAAGGGGGUCUGCAAGAACGGAGAGGCAUGCAAGUUCGCUCACGGAAAGUCCGAGAUUCGCCGCCUCCCCAAGAACAGCAAGCAGAAUGCAGAAACCAAGAAGGUGCCAAAGCCACGCAGAGAAGAAGGCCAGAAGGCUGACUCCAAUGUCGCCUCAAUCGCCAUGUUGUCCGCAAUGGCAGCCGCCCCGGACACUGGAAUCAGGCCUUUGCUGAAACAGCCCAGCCAUGAUGGAGUUGUCAACGAGCUGCCACUCUACGUGGACACAAAGGGUAUCUUUGCACAGCAAGACGUGGACGUGGCAACGGAGAGUGUGGCCUCCACUCUCUACGAUUCCGAUUGCAGUGAGCCGGUUUUGUUUGUGCAGCGGGAUCCAUCCCACCAUGGCAUCUGGGAUGGUAACGGUGGAAAGGCACUUCUUGGGCAGUCUGGCAACAUGUUUGCAGGAAACCUGCUCUUUUGGAAAGUGGGCCCCUUGCUCCGGACAUUUCUGGACUUCCACCAGGACGUGAGGUGGGCCAACAGUCGUGAAACGUUGCAGUUAGCUCACGGUAUUGCAGUGCGAGUCUAUCACAACAUCUGGUUGCAGCACGUCUACGACCGCUUCGGUACAGCGAGGGCGUACCUGGAAGCUGCCGCAAAGUUGACUGGCAAGAAAUGGAACUUUCUCGGACCUCUGGCGGUCUCGGAAUGGUAUGGAAGGAGAGAGCUCUGGCUAAUGGAAGAGGACACGCAGACGGCUGCGCAGCCGAUGUUGUCGGUCCCAGGCAGACAUGAGGCGAUCUUCCCACGCGUGCUUCCUUCCUCGGGCGUGCGCACAAUUGCUGCUGAGCCAGCGAAACUGGAGGUCCGGAUCUUCCUGAAUGGCUGCUUCGACCUCAUGCAUGUCGGACACUUCAACGCCUUGAGACAGGCAAAGCGCUUGUUCUUUCAGCAAGGCUACAAGAAGGUGAUCAUGGUUGCGGGCAUCCAUUCCGAUGAGGCCAUUACUCGACAAAAAGGAAUUGCGGUGCUUGAGGCCACAAAGUGGGUCGAUGAGUUCGUCACGCAGUUGCCCUAUGUUUCCAUGUCUGCGCAGAUGGCAGAUGCGCUUCAAGUGAAGUGGAUCUGCCAUGGCGAUGACAUGCCGAUCUGCAAAGGAGGUGGCGGCAUGUACAGUGAUGCCAUCGAGAAAGGCCGCUUCCAAAUGUUGAAGCGUACUGAGGGAAUUUCGACCACUCAGAUUAUCCAGCGCCUGAUUCGGCAGCAAGGUCUCGAAUCCUCUUCAGACCUUGAGGUGGAUGCCAUGGAUUCUGCCUUGGCUACCACACAGCGGCUGGCGCAAUUUGCUGCACCAUCUGACCCCGAGCAGCCAGCGAAGCUGCUGACCUCCGCCAAGACGGUGGUGUAUGUUCCUGGGAUCUUCGAUCUCGUUCACCCGGGCCACGUCAGCAUACUGCAGCAGGCCGCAAAGAUGGGAGACUAUCUGCUCAUCGGCUUGUACUCUGACGAGACAGUCCGCCAGCAUCGGAGAUGCCCGCCUGUGUUGACCAUGCUAGAGCGGGCCAUGGCCGUGCUUUCGACUCGCUGGGUUGACGAUGUUGUCCUUGGCGUGCCUUGGCGGAUCACGAAGGAACUCCUGGCAACUUUGAAUAUCAGCACCGUGGUUGUGGGGCGGCCGCCUGGAGGAUUAGAUGCAGAUCAGCAGAAAGUUGAGGAGGAGACCUUGAUGAAGCAUGGUAAUUUCGCAAUCUUUGAGGGAGCCGUCUUUGUGAUUCAUGAAGCUACCAUCUGGUUCAGGGGCUACCUGCUGAUUUCAAUCAGCAUGGUCAACCAUGAUGCUCAGAUGAAGGACACGCGAGACGCCCUCAAGUUCACCAGAAUGUGCAAGUAUUGGAAGGGCAGCGGAUGUAAUCUUGGUGCUGACUGCAGUUUUGCCCAUUCAGAGUCGGAGUUGAGGGACCAGCCGGACUUGGUGUCCACACAGCUCUGCUUCCAGUUCGCGCGCAAGGGGAUCUGCAAGAACGGAGAUGCGUGCACUUUCGCUCACGGAAAGUCGGAACUUCGACGCUUCCCAAAAACCAGAAGCUUUGGGCGCAAAAGGGUGGAGCCCAAGAAGCUCCAAGAAGAAAGCAGUCAGGCUGACUCAGUGGCUUCUUUGGCUGGGUCUCGGACAAUGGCCUCUCCCAAUGAGAUGUUCAGGUCGUCCAUGGCAGCAGCUUUGACUGACAUGCCCUUGACCUUCAAGCCACCUCCAGGGUUGGAGGGCGUAGAGUCUUCCAGCUUAGUCGAGCCUCCCCCGGGCCUGGAGCCGCAUGCCACCGAGUUGAGAAGUGUCGCAGAGAUGCUCCAGGAGUGCUUGAAGAACUCCCUUCGCAGACCGCUGCUGAAACAGGGAAGUCACGAUGGGCUUGACAUCGGACUGCCACUUAUCAUGGACACCAGCUUGAUCCCAGUGAAGAGAGAGGUGGAUGUGGCUACUGAGAGUUCCACUUCCACUGCCUACCACUCGGACGGCAGCGAGCCGAGUAGCCCCUCCAGCAGACCCUUCUGGCUGUGA